GAACUCUCUGGCUUCACCCUGGACCAAGUGGCUUUUGAGGAUGGCAAAGGGAAGUGCCCGUACGACCCCACCAAGGGACACACCGGCCUCAUCGUGGAUGGGGAGCUCUACUCGGCCACCUUCAACAACUUCCUGGGCACGGAGCCCGUCAUCCUCCGCAACCUGGGCCCCCACUACUCCAUGAAGACGGAAUAUCUCACCUCCUGGCUCAACGAGCCCCACUUCGUGGCGUCGGCGUACGUGCAGGAGAGCGCGGGCAGCAGCACCGGCGACGAUGACAAGGUUUACUUCUUCUUCAGCGAGCGGGCGGUGGAGUACGACUGCUACGCGGAGCAGGUGGUGGCCCGCGUGGCACGGGUCUGCAAGCUGGGUGCCCAGGGGGACGUUGGCGGUGCCCGCACGCUGCAGAAGAAGUGGACGACCUUCCUGAAGGCUCGUUUGGUGUGCUCGGCGCCGGAGCAGCAGCUCCAUUUCAACCGCCGUCCCCAGGCCGUCUUCACCCUGCCAGGGGCCGACUGGCAGGACACCACCUUUUUCGGGGUCUUCCAGGCCCGCUG